UAUGGGCCGCCGAUCGCUCUGAAGAUAAGCCGGCUCAAAUUUUUUAUAUCUAUCGUUCAGACCGCUGUGUCUGACAAUCGCUGGUUCACCACUCGAUACAAUGCGGCCCUCAAAGUUCCUUAGCACCUCGUUGCUCUUCGUCUCCCCCGCAACUGCAAGUUACGGGUUCUAUGUAGGCAAGAAUCUGACCGAAGAUGGAAGUGUCAUGCUUGGUGGAACUGGAGAAGAAGUUUCUAGUCAUUGGCUUCAAAUCUUUCCAGCUAAAGACUAUCCCGCCAAUGCGACCCUAGAGGUUGGAGUUACGGAGGCUGCAACCAUGCCCGGCAAGCGGAUGAAUAUCUCCCAAGUGCGACACACAUUCCGCUAUCUCUCCAUGGAAUACUCCGACUACGAAGGAUUUCCAGCACCGCUUACCAAUGGUGGUGUGAAUGAGCGAGGCGUAGCCGUUCGCGACAUCUGGGCGGACAACCGCGCAGAACUUAUUGAGAUGACGCCCAACCCCCAGGAGGGUCUACAGUACAGUGAUUUGGCUCGAAUCGUUCUCGAACGAGCCAGCACAGCACGCGAGGGAGUCGAAAUCAUCGGCCAGCUUAUCGCUGAGUACGGCUAUGCAGACUACGGCGGCAAUUCCCACCUCAUCGCCGACAAAGAUGAGGGUUGGGUGGUUUGGGAGAUGUCUGGCGGCAAGAAGCUCUGGGCCGCCGAGAGGCUGGGCCCGAACGAAGUGCGCGUGUCAUACCCCGGAUAUAUUGAAGACUUUCCUGUCGAUUUUGCCAACAGCACCGAUUACAUGGGAUCUCCCAACAUUGUGUCGUUCGCCGUAGAGCAGGGAUGGUGGACCCCCAAUGGUACUGAGCCGUUUAACAUUUUCAAGGCGUAUGGCUACGACAGUGAGGGAUACACAGCGCGAGAUGGAGGAUUCAAGUACAUGUCCCAAGCCGCGCUCGAAAACGCAACCCUUGCAAUGGCACCUGUAUCCGAGAAGGACUUAAUCGAGCGUGUUCGUGACUACCGCAUCGCUGAUGACGAAGCUGGCUACGGACAGGUUGUGAGUCUUCGCGCAGACAUGGACCCGGACCUCAUUCGCAUCUGGGUCGCACCCACGGGAUCUGUAACGGCGCCCUUCAUCCCGUGGUGGCUGGGCGUUCAACAGGUGCCGCCCGAGUUUGGAGAGCACCGAUAUCUGACAAAGGAUGCUGCGAGUACAUUCUUGAACCCCGACUUCCAGUUCCAGGAGGCGACCAACUUUGCUGGGAGGGUGUUCAAACAGAUCUUGUAUUACACCUGCUCUGCGCCUGACACUUUUCUGCCAAUUGUUCAAAACACGCUACACGGGUUCGAGAGCGCCUCCCGUAGUGAUUUAACAUGGGUUGAGCAAAGCGCAAAAUUGCUCGUUGAAAAUGGCCAAAGGCAGAAUGCGCUGGAUCUUUUGACAUUCUAUUCUCAGACACAGGCAAGCAAAGCGAUGACUUUAGGACGGACAAUCGUGGAUGCUCUUGACUUGUAUAUCAAGGUGACGGACCAAUUCCGUGGACCAGUCGGUUCACAGAUCAACGACGCGGGAUUAGGGGCGGAGACUGUAAAUUGCUUGGUCGGGUUUGACCCAGAUCAGCCUGCGAACAGACAGCCGCCAUCGCCAAAAUAGAUAAAGUAGAUGGAACAAAAGUUCGAG